UGAGGGUUUUCCAGCUUGGUGCGGAGACGCAUCGUACCGACAAUACAAUCGGGCUCCGUUGUUAUCCGGGUCGGUUCGGGUCGGGUCGGGGUGACGAUAUGGUUCAUUCCCAUAUACGCGCGGCCGCGGCCAGAGCAGAGGCCACGCGUCGCGGCUGGCUAAAGCGAGCUUUUUUUUAUUCAUCUCCAUCUCCAUCCCGACGGUGGCGAUGACGAAUCAAUGACGAUGGCGACGUUCAACGUCGAACUCCAGGCCAGCAGCCUCCUGAGAAUCGACCACCCCCCUCCCCUUCUCUCUCUCCUCCUCCUCCUUGCGUAGCGAGCGACGAAAGAAAGCGAGCACGGAGGAAUGGCGAGGGCGAGCCACGACGAGCGGGAGAACAGAGCCGGGGCCUUCUUCCUCGCGACGCUGCUCCUGUGGCUGGUCUCCGUCCUGUUCGAGAUAGCCUUCAACGAGCGGAGGGAGCUGCUCUCCAUCCUCGCCGGGUGUUGCUUCUACCAGGCCGCGAACUGGGUCGUCCGGCGCCGCGUCUCCCGCGACCCUCUGUUCGUCAACACCGCCGUCUCCCUCCUGCACUCCACCGUCACCUCCGCCUCAGUGGUCUUCAUUUUACUUAAUUUGUGGUUAAGAGAUGGUUAUAAGGACAUGCUUGAGCAUUCACAGUUGGUUGGGGCUACCUGGCCUUGGGCAUACAAGGCAUUGUGCUUCUCCUGUGGUUAUUUUGCGUAUGAUCAAUGGGAUAUGCUACAGUACCGACUGUAUAGUGGUUGGAUACCUUCCAUCCUAGUGCAUCAUUUGAUACUCCUCAUAUGCUUUACUCUCGCUCUAUAUCGAAAUGUCACCAUCAACUAUCUUAUCUUGACCCUCAUUUGCGAGAUACAUUCCAUAUUUCUACACAUGAGGAAAGUACGGAGAAUGGCUGGUAUUCGUGAUGCCAAGAGUGUGGUUGUGAAGAUUGAGUGGGUUCUAAACUGGGUCUCCUUCUUUGUCACGAGGUUAGCAGCUCAUGUUUUCAUAACGGCAAAGCUCAUAAUAGACGCUUCCAAAUUCGAGAAGGGCAUAGAGUUGCCACUUGCCUUGUUUGGGAUGGCUGGAAUGAACUUUCUCAAUAUCGGUCUUGGCAUCGAUCUCUUCAGCGCUUUCAAGAGGGAGAUGUGGACAUCGAAGAGUAACCGUUGCCGUGAAUGAAUGCCAUUGCCAAGCCCAAGAGUAGAUAAAUUUGUUGUGCUUACACCCCUUGCCGUGUUUAGGAUGGCCAGAGUCAGCUUGCUCAAUGUCGGUCUUGGCAUCGAUCUCUUCAGCGCUUUCAAGAGAGAGUUGUGGACCUCAAAGAGUGACCGUCUUCGUGAAGACAAAUUUGUUGUAUCUUGUAAAAUCUGAUUCUUUACAUUGUCUCGUGUGUUGAAAUAUUAAAUUGAUGCAGUUUUGGAUGAGAGUCAUGAACAUUGUAAAGUUUUUUAAAUCAUAGUCUUUCUUACAGUGCAUUCAGAUAAAUAA